UCUUUUAUCUUUGCAGUCGCUCUGGGAAUGCCACCAAUUGCUCCGGGUGUGGCACAAAACCCUGUGUUGACUGAAGAAGACCAGAUCCCGCUGCAGAGAGACUGGGUUCCUGUGCAGGGUCAUGUGGUGGUGGAAGAUCCUGCGCCACAAGUCAGGCCAGGAUCUGAGGAGCACCAGGAAAAACUGGCUCCGGUACCAGUGGACACGAAGCAGAAUAUGGUGGAGCUAGAGAUCAAAGUGAAGCCGCAAGUUGGAGAGGAGCACGAGGGUGAAGUAAAGACAGAGGUUAAGAAGGAGCCAGAGGUUAAACCAGAGCCAGAAGUUAAAGCAGAGCCAGAGGUAGAGGUGAAGCAAGAGCUAAAAGCAGAGCCAGAGGUUAAACCAGAGCCAGAUGUUAAAGCAGAGCCAGAGGUAAAUGUGGAGCAGAAGCUAAAAGCAGAGUCAGAGGUUAAACCAGAGCCAGAUGUUAAAGCAGAGCCAGAGGUAAAGGUAGAGCAGAAGCUAAAAGCAGAGCCAGAGGUUAAACCAGAGCCAGAUGUUAAAGCAGAGCCAGAGGUAAAGGUAGAGCAGAAGCUAAAAGCAGAGCCAGAGGUUGAAACAGAGCCAGAUGAUAAAGCCGAGCCAGUGGUAAAUGUGGAGCAGAAGUUAAAAGCAGAGCCAGAGGCUAAACCAGAGCCAGAUGUUAAAGCAGAGCAAGAGGUAGAGGUGGAGCAAGAGCUAAAAGCAGAGCCAGAGGUUAAAGACGAGUUUCAGGUGCAAAUGAACCUUGAGGCCGAGACUGAAACAGGUCAGGAGAUCGAAGAGAGGCACAUUGACAUGGAGGGAAAAUCUGAAAUGGUGGGCGAGCCAAACAUGGAGUUGGAGCCACUGGAUGAUGACAACAUGGAGCUCUCAGAAGAGGAAGAGUCUUUGAGGGCGGCAUUUACGAAUCAAGAUCAUGUCAUUCAACCUAUGCUGGAGGAGGAGGGGCUUAUGAGGGAGAGGAACAAUUUAGAUGGAGAACCAAUCAUGGAGCUGGAGCCAGAGGUUAAAUCAGAGGUUGAUGUGGAGCCAGAUGUUCAAGAGGAGUUUCAGGGGAAAAUGAACUUGGAGGAAGAGACUGAAAUGGGUCAGGAGAUCGAAGAGAGGCACAUUGACAUGGAGGGAAAAAAUGAAAUGGCGGGCGAGCCAAUUAUGGAGUUGGAGCCUCUGGAUGACGAGCUGUCAGAAGAGGAAAAGUCUUUGAGGGCGGCAUUUACGAAUGAAAAUCCUGUCAAUCACCGUCUGCCAGCGGAGGGAGGGUUGCUUAUGAGUGAGAUGGACUAUGAUUAUGAGGAAGAACCAAUCAUGGAGUUGGAACCACUGGAUGACGACAACACGGAGAUGUCAGACACGGAAAAGUCUUUGAGGGCGGCAUUUCAGAAUCAAGAUCCUGUCAAUCAACCUCUGUCAGAGGAGGAGGAGGAGGAGGGGGUUAUGAGGAAGAGGGACAAUGUUUUAGAUGGAGAACCAAUCAUGGAGCUGGAGCCUGAAGAGGAAGAGCCUUCUUUACAUCAGCAUGUCAUGCCAGAUGCUGCUAUCAUGUACGGGUCAGGGCCAGCAUUGGACAUAAUGGGGCAGCAGAUGCCAUCUUUAGAGGAGUAUUUCCCAAAUGAAGAGGCUCGGAUGGGCAUUGAGCCUGGCCAACAACAAGACUCUCACACGGUGGAGGGUUCAGAAUAUUUGAUGAUAGAGGAACCAGGGAGAGAGUUUGUCAGGGAGGAGGAGCUGUCUCCAAUGGCGCUCUUUGAGGAACCAGACAUGAACUACGUCCCUGCGCUUGAUGGAGGAGUUCAGACCGGUGUGGCGCCUAAAAGAGAAAGACGGGCUUUGAUGAUGAAUGGGAAGAGCCAUUGUCCUGGGGUGAUACUCGAGGAGAAGUGUUACCAGUUCUUCAAAGAGCCAAAGAGGGCUGCAGAUGCUGAGUUCUUCUGCCAGGAGCAUUUCGCUGGUGGCCACCUGGCCUCCAUCACGAGCCAACACAUCCACAGAGAGGUGAUGAACAUGAUGCUGCGGCAAAACGGGGCAUAUACACGCACCUGGAUUGGAGGACUACGAUAUUUGGAGACUGGUCGCUUUCUGUGGUUGGAUGGAUCCCACUGGAGCUAUGCUGAUUGGCUGUCCGGGGAGCCCAAUAACACAUCUGAUGUUGAGGACUGUGUUGAAGUACUGGCACAUGGAAAUGGAAAGUUCAAUGACUUCACAUGCUGGGAACCUCAGGCUUUCAUCUGCUCCUACCCUUAUUAGUGAAUGAACAGUGAGCUCAUUUCAUAUCUGCUUCUUUGAGUUUGUUACGUUUUCUUUUAAAAUCACAUCUCGGAAACCAAAUGGACUGACUAAUAUUGGAACUGACUGUCUUAAAGGACCAUAUAAUAGUGUAUUGAAUACGACUGGAAAAUCGACUUCUAAUCACGUUGUACAUUAUAUUCAAAUGUGGGUUUUAUUUGUUUUUGAUAACAAACUAA